CCGCCGCCGAGCCGGAACCAAGGUGUCGGGGCCCCGCGCCGGUCGGACCGUGUCGGGGGACCGGAAGGACCGUGUGCCGGCGGCGGAAGCCGGGAGGCGGCUGCCGGCGGUUCUAGUAGGUUCCAUAGGCGGGCGGUGCGGAGGAGCCGGGCUCGGCGGCGACGCGUCCGGAGGCUCCGAUGGCCAAGUGGGGGGAGGGCGACCCGCGCUGGAUCGUGGAGCAGCGAGCGGACGCCACCAAUGUCAACAACUGGCACUGGACUGAACGGGAUGCUUCUAAUUGGUCUACAGAGAAGCUGAAAGGUCUGUUUCUGGCGGUGAGAGUAGAGAAUGAGGAGGGGGUCUGUGAAGUGACAGAAGUGAGUAAACUGGAUGGAGAAGCAUCCAUCAACAACCGCAAAGGGAAGCUAAUAUUUUUCUACGAGUGGAAUAUCAAGCUGUCAUGGACAGGCACCUCAAAGUCGGGAGUGAAGUUUAAGGGGCAUGUGGAGAUUCCCAACCUCUCGGAUGAAAAUGAUGUUGAUGAAGUUGAGAUCUCCAUCAGCCUUGCCAAAGAUGAGCCUGACACCAACUUAAUGGUCUUGAUGAAGCAAGAGGGCAUGAAAAAGAUUAGGAAUGCAAUGAGCACUUACAUCAGCACGCUCAAAACAGAGUUCACCCAAGGCAUGAUUUUACCUACAGUAAAUGGGGAGCAAACAGAGCCAGUUACUCAGCUGGCAACUAAAGCAGAAGACCACAAGACCACUGCUAGUACUGUCACUGCAGCGCCUGAGUCAAAACCCAUAGGUGUCAAGAUUCCCACCUGUAAGAUCAGUUUGAAGGACAUUUUCUUAACAUCUCCUGAGGAGCUCUACAGAGUGUUCACUACACAGGAGCUGGUCCAGGCUUUCACCCACGCGCCGGCAAUCAUAGAGGCUGAUAAAGGAGGGAAGUUCCACUUGCUAGAUGGCAGUGUCAGUGGCAAGUUCAUUGAUCUAGUCCCCGAGAAGCAGAUGGUUAUGAAGUGGAGAUUUAAAUCUUGGCCAUCUGGGCAUUUUGCAACUGUUACCUUGAACUUCACUGAUAAAGGCGGCGAGACAGAAGUGCGCUUGGAGGGGAAGGACAUCCCUUCCAGUGAGGAGGAGAGAACAAAGCAAGGGUGGCAGCGCUACUACUUCGAAGGCAUUAAACAGACGUUUGGCUACGGGGCCCGCUUGUUUUAACAUCGACUGUUGGAAAGAGUCUGUCAGAUUCUGCUGUGUGGACUGAUUGCUUCUCGUCUGUCCCUUUCUUUUUUGAUGCCGCUGCUGUGAAGAGCGGGACGAGGAAGGCUACUGAGCAGCACUGCUUGUAGCCCCUUACUGCUUUGUGCAUGUCUCCUGCCACAAGGGAGUCAAUGAGGGGUUCUCUUACAUGUACAUACUUUUAUUGCUAAAUAAACAUAACUUAAAAAAACAAAGGGAG